AUGCUACUAACUAAAGUUGACCCGCGUUCUAUUCUUUUUCUAGUCCUUCUAAGUCAGGAUCAGGUCUUAUCCCUUACUCCACCUAAUCUUGAAUACUCCAAUGAACUGAGUUCUAGCAGAGCAACAACACAGGGAGAAUUUACAGCGCCUUCAGGCUUGAUUUUAUGGGAAAAAUUUUUUGAUGAAGUGGCGUCAUUUUUCUUUGGACAACAACCAAAAUAUCAAGAACCGAAUUUCCACAAACAAAGGAAUGUUGCUAAUGAAGAAUCAGUUCGCGUAGCCAUGAUUAUUAACAUCUUUGACAUCCUGAAUACAGUAAUGGAGGAUGAGGGAAUCGUAUUCACAAACCAACGUCUCAAUAAUACGGUUGGGGUGCCAGACUUUAUUAGCAAAAAAGGGGAUCAACUCAUACUGACAAUAGAAGUCAAAAAAGAAUGUGUUUUGCCUCUUGAUGAUCGAACAUUUCCCGAUUAUUUUGCUGUUGAUCCUACAGCACGAACGGUUAUAUCACAAGCAUAUACGUAUAUGGCUAAUAACAGACUUCGAUAUGGUGUACUAACAACAUAUCAUCAACACUGGUUUCUAAAGCGACAAGAAGGAUCCAAAAUAUUAUAUAUUUCCAAAACACUCGAUCUUCAAUCUGAUAACCCUACGGUGCUAAAAGCAUAUGCGUAUCUUGCAAAGCAGGCAAAGGAACAACCUUUCUGUGAACAUCCUGACGUUAUAAUUAGGUUGCCGAAUGAAAAUUCUCAAUCGGAACCACCGUUUCGUCCACGUAAGAACAAUUCUAACAGCGCUCCACAAGAAAGAAUGGAACCGCCAGGCUCAGGGAAUUUUCAGUCUGGCAAUUUCGUCGGGGAAUAUCUGGGUUAUGGCAGGAGUGGAACUACGUUCAGUUGUAAAUACAAUGGAGAAGAUAUAGCCCUAAAACUUACUGAUUUGUCAAAAAAGAAAUUUCUGUUGCCGGAACUGUUAAAAGAGAUAGACAUCUAUCACUUUCUCGAGGAUCUUCAAGGGUUGUUCAUACCAAAAUUGGUAGGCUAUGGAUACAUGUGGGGUAAUAUGUUUUUCGCUAUUGCGACAACCAUUGUCGGCAAAUCGUUGGAUCACAGUAUGACCAUUAACAGAAAGCAGGAACAGAAUGCUUAUAAAGCAUUAAUUGAAAUACACAGACACAAUGUUCUCCAUAACGAUAUCCGAAAAGAAAACAUUAUCCUUAGCAACGACAGGAAGAGCGUUUUUAUUAUUGACUUCGGAUUAGCAACUAUCGAUAAUAAUAAGGUAAAACAAGAAAAAGAGAUGGAUCAGUUGCGCUGUUUGUUAAAAGAGAUGGUGGCAUAA